ACUACUAUUACAAAACCACUACUACGGAGAAUCCUCCACAUUCUACAUCUUCCAUCAAAUGUAAUCUCUUCUCUUGCACUCCUUAUGAUUUCAUGAGUCCACAACUGCAAACAAAAACAAUAACAAAACAAUUACUUCCACUUCCACCUUUUAAAACAAUAAAAGUGCAAAUAAAAUUGCUACGACAAUAAACUAACAAAGCAAAAAAAGGAAGACCAUAAAAUCCUAAUUUACUGCAAAACAGUACUACCGUAAACCAGAACUAGUCUUAGUGAAAUGGUUACUGCAUCAUCAAAAAGAAGUGAAGUCUGCAAAUUAAGCAUUCUCGAAGACCAAAAACAAUUGCAUUCGAAUCCAAUAAACAAAAAACAGAUUCCGAAUCCAGAAAUCCUACGCUCAACCGCCCUUAAUGCAGAUCUUGAACCAACUAUGCAAACACUAACAAAAAGUUCAAGAGCUGGCGGCAUGCAGUGUCGCCGAUUACAAAAUGGAUCGACGAUUGAUCAAAUUAAAAACUACCUGAUACGAGCUUGUCGAUGGCGCUGACGGCGACAAGGUUAGGGGCGUUGAGGGCAGCAACGUCGAGGACAGAUCAGGCGAACCCAGUCCCGACAAAGGCCACUGACGAGGGAAAGUUCACCGACGGGAAGGGCUGCGGGAAUCGGCUGGGCUGGGGCGUUGAGGGCGGCGGCGCGAGCAAAGCAGAGGGAAAGUUCAACGACGCAAAGGACUGUUGGAAUCGGCUGGACUGGGGCGUUGAGGGCGGCGUCAUCGCGGGCAAAGCAGGCGAACCCAAUCCCAACGCCACUAACAAAGGGUUGCGGAAAUCGACUGGGCUUCUACUCUCCGAUGGGUAAAGAGAGGAAUAAUUUUUUUUUACUUGGCUUGAUUGUUGGGAUAUCUCCCAUCACAAAAAUCUACCCCUUUUCAACCGGCUGAUACCACGGCCUGCAUCAUCUAAUAAAACUCAACUUACCAA